UAGUGGAUAAUGAUUUUAUAGAGCACAAUAUACGUUGUACAUCCAACGACCGCAUUCGAAAAACAAGCUGUGAAAAGCAAACAUAUACUCUGUGAGUGUUACGGUUUAUUUCUGUGUUAUAAUAUAUUUUUUAAUGCGUAAAAAUGAAUAAGCGUCUACUGUUUACCUUUUUGUUAAUAUUUUAUUUGACAAUUAAUGCUGAUACGAAGAAACUAUCGAGAAGCCGAAGCUCGAGUUCAAGUCGUGGAUCCAGCAGAAAAACAAAUUCAUAUCCUCAACCAGCACCAACAUCGUUGAGUAAACCACAAGCUUCUGCACCUAAACCAACGCUUUUUGGGUGGCAAGAAAAACCAGCGCAAAAAACACAAACCUACUCUUCAAAACAAUCGAAGCCUCGAACUUCCGAACAUUCAUAUCCUUCAAGUAAUACCGGACUUUCUGGCAAUAAUCAACCAAAGAAGUCAACUUAUGAAGAAAAUGUUCAAAGAAGUAAUGCACCAGUUCAGCAAAGUGUACCUUCAUCAAAUAAUCAAAUGAGUCAUUCAUAUCCUGCUUCUAAAGGUCUUUCCGGUGAUUCUAGCCCUGGCUCAGGGUAUCCACAAGGAUCUGGUUUAUCUGGACAAGGAACGAACCUAAAUGCAAACCGACCUCAGAGUCCUUAUCCUUCAUCAAAUGGUCUCUCAGGACAUUCUUCGUCGAAUAUGGGACAUGGACAGGUACAAGGAAUGCCAAACACAAACGUAGCACCGCCUCCAUAUCAAGCCAAUAACCCUGGAAAUUCUUAUAGAGCGCCUGGAAACGGAGGUUACUCGAACGUAAACAAUCAAUACCAAGGCGCACCAUCACCGUACUCUAGUGGUAACCAUUACAAUCAUCCUCAAGGACCCCCUCCACCUUAUAAUAGUGGACAUAAUAACUAUGGUGGAUAUGGAAACCCCGGAAGUUCUGGAGCACAAAUGCCAGGAUACUUUGGAAACUAUAAUAGUGGAAAAGGUUUUGGAGGAGUAGGGCGUAGUGGCAGUACAUUGGCUGGAGUGGGAUUGGCGGGAGCCGGUAUUGGAACGGUAUUAACUGGCUUAGCUCUUUGGAACUUAGCGCGAUCGACGGGACAUCAUCACCAUACUGUUAUUUAUGACAAUCGAGGUCAACCUAUUGCAGUCGCUCCUGAUAAUAGUACUGUGCCAGUAGUGGACCCAAUAUUAGGAGAUUUAGUCAACUGUACAUUGACAAUUACCAAUGAUGAAAAAUCUGAAGUACUGGCUAUACCAUGUUCGAUUGCUACAUCUUUUACGCCAGAUGCUGAUGUCAAAGAUCUAGGUGUUGAUAGUAAUACUAAUAAUAAAACUAAGUGUAUAAUCACUGUCGUAACCAAAUCAGAAAAAGAAUUUAUGACCACAAUACCAUGUUCGAUUCUUCUCAAUACGGCUGCUGAGAAUAAUGUGACAGAGCCUAUAAUAGAUCAAACAGCAAACGUUACAGAUAUUAUUAUAAGUACAACAACAGAUGUCGUUCUAACGCCCAACCAGUUACUAGCAGCAGACCAACCACUAAAUCUUAAUAAAUCCCAAGAUAUUCCUGAUGAACCAAAGCUAGACACCAAUAAUAAUUGUUCACCUGAACCAGGUGAAAAACGUGAUCCAAUAAAUCCGUGUUUCGGUAUUAAUCACAAUCUUACUGUCAUACCCUUAGAAACGUCCACUAACGAUACAAAUAAUAACUAAUUUAAACUAAAACAUAGGUAGCUGAAGACUAAUUGGUAAUAAAAAAUAAGUUCCAAGUACGUUAAGUACCAAUAAUAUAAAAGUCCCUAGAAAUAAUUUUCUAAGUGAUAUUAUAAUCUUUUGUCUGCAUGUAGCCAAUUUACUCUUUAUUGAU